UUUCAAUUUGCAUAGCAUAGUACAGAAACGAGAGAAAAUAAAUUCAGGAAAAUAUGUCUGAGUAUUCCUGCAACUAUUAUAGUGACUACACCCCGAGGACGGAGAAAUCCGUGAGCUAUGCCCUCUAUCUGCAUCGCAGGGAGUUGGGGCGCCCCAGGCGCAAGAUGAUGCGAAUCGCGAGCACCAAGUUGCAGCUGACAAAUGAGCUCAUCCAGCUGCAGCAGCGUCGCCAAUGGGAGACGGCCUUUGACCCGGAGUUCGAUGCGGAGGCCAGUUCCCAGCAGAUGAGUGCUUUGGAUCGGGAACGGGAGUAUCGCGACCGAUUGCGCACCAAUAUGCAAAGGCAGCUCGAGAAGCAGCAGAAACGCAAGCGAAAGUAUCUCCAGGAAAUCGGCAAGCUAUCGUAUUAGCCACUAUAACGCGGAAGUCAUUAAUUAAUUAAUUGAUAGCCAUAUUAGGUAUUAUUAAGAGUAUUAUAACUCACAGAGGCAAACAAGAAAAUCUGGAACUCUGAGGCACACGUUCUAAUUGCCUGAGUAAUUUUAAAAAUAUUAGAAUUAUUAUAUACACUCAGGA